CCGCUCUUUCUUUCCCAACACAUGUACAGGUAAUGACAGUUUUAUACACACAGAAAUAGGUAUUCCUAUAUCAGAAUUCAUCAGAACUCCUUAAACAAAACACAAAAGUGUCAAAUGUUCGUCAUAUAACCUUUCAUACCAAAUAAACUUAGGAUGGGUUCCCAUGGAAAUCAGUGCACCUGCAGUGCCCAUCGCUCAACAGCAAGCGUCUAUCAGACUCUAGAGGAGAUGGACUUUGAGAGAGGUAUAUGGUCAGCUGCAAUUGAUGGAGAUGUGGAGAGAGUCCGGGCAUUUAUUAAAAAAGGGAUUGAUCCAAAUAUGAGGGACCAGGCAAACUACACUGCUUUGCAUUAUGCUAGUCGAGCAGGUCAGCAGUCAGUGUGUGAGUUACUCCUGGACUGUGGCGCUUGUGUGAACGUCCAGACCCGUGGUGGGGCAACCCCGCUUCAUAGGGCGGCUUACUGCGGACACCACAGUGUGCUCAAGUUACUGUUAGACCGCGGGGCUGAUCCAUGCCUAACUGAUGAUGAUGGAUCUACAGCACUUCAUAAGGCUGCUGAACAGAAGCAUUUCGCCGUCUGUGAGCUGCUGGUGAACCGCUUCCCAGCCUUACGAGAUGUGAAGAAUAAAAGAUCUCACACAUCUUUCGAUCUCUGUCCGGAGAAUGAGUUCCUGAGGCCACAAUGACCCGAUCUUACUGUCUGUAAUGCCUUCGGCCUUCUCCUGAAAGAAUAUGAAGUACCUUUUCAAAAGCUAGGCUAUAACUUGUGAAUCAGUGUGUCUUUUGGUUGGAAAGAGGCAUAGUUGCUCAGGUUAGUCUUAAUGGUCACUUUCUUCAAGAGUCAAUCCACUGCUACUAAAUUUGA